AUGGCCGCAGCCACAGCUUCUGCGACCAUCAUCCUCGGCGAUUCUCCUGCGACUGAAGACGUGGCCCCCAAGGCUGACGGCGCGCCGGAACCGUCCGCAACCCCCGGCCAACGGUCUUCAACGCCGAUCCGCACUUCUAGUCAUGAUGUGAUUGAUGGCCCGGAUGGAGCCUCCAUCCAUACCACAGAUGGCCGGGUCAAGAAUCCUGUACCCAGCAAACUCAAGGGCAAAGCCGACAACAAGAACGGCAAUUUUGGUGUGAUGCACAUCGAUAUAAAUAGCUCACAAGCGGCCUUACGGAAUGCUGCCGCAAAGCGCACAAGCGAAGAGACAGAGGCGGCGGCGAGGUUGGCCAACAUGCGCGGCUACCAAUCCAUCAAACGUAGCAAAUUGGCGUGGAAUCCGCAGACCGAAUCAGACCCACGAUCUUCAGCCCCCGCGUACGGAGCUUCGCAAAAUGGCUAUCUCAAUCCUUCCUACUCGCUCCCUGGACGCCCCCUGGGACCUUUACCGCAUGAAGCCAAAGCUGAGCAAGCUCGGCUCCUCACUCUGCUGCGCAGCCUGAAUCCUAUGGUGGUGGUGGAUCAGCUGUGCAAAGCGCUGGCAUACUUUGGAGGCAUUCCCGGCGCGCCUUCAUCGCACGAAUUCGACUUCCCGGACAGCGGACGCAACAAUGGUCAGGGAUCCAUUUUCGUCGGCUGGGUCGCCGAGAUAUUCCCUCCAGUCGAGGGGAACCCUUCAGCGCUAGCGCUUCACCCGUCUCUGCAAACCGCAGAUAUAGUCUCUGCCGCUGCUCCUACCGCCGUCGUUGCUCCAGAGGCACCCGCAACCGCACCAACUCAGGCUCCAGCUCUACCCGAUUCCGCCAAUACCACCGCUCCUCCUGCUCAGCCAGCCUCUGCAGCCCCUCUAUCUGAGCCUACCCGUAAUCCUCCAGAGGGACAGAAUGCCGCUGGUGAAGCGACCGCAACUCCUAUCAAAAGACCGCGAGGACGGCCCAAGGGGAGUAAAAGCUCCAAACCUCGCAUUGAUAAGGGCAUGAAAAAGUCGGAUCCGGCGCUGCAUUCAUCCAGCCAAAUUGAUGGAGGCGGCUCCCAGCUAUCCCAGUCUGAUUUGGGGAGAAGACCCGAUGGAUCUAUCGAGCAAUCUCAAAACGGACUCGUUAACCCUGCGUACCAUGGCGAUAUGCCAGGCCAUCUUGACCCUGAUUCUAGCAUCAUGAGCACUCCAGGAACGGGCAAGAAGAGAGGUCGCCCUAAAGGGUCUAAAAAUCGGCCAAAGAACACUCCUGAAGCUGGCCAGGCGGCUGCAGAGAAUCCUCACGCUUUAUUGCCUACUUCUUCAACCUCCAAUCCCAUUGCACAGUCUCCUUUAUCGCACAAAGCAACUGAGAGCCAGAGUAAUAUUUCAUCCUUUGCAAAUACAAUGCCUCCCAGGCCCGAACAUCACCAACAUCCAUCACCCCCAUUGCCAGAGAGCGCAACAACGCAGCACGCCGCACACAUAGGCAACCGUGCUCCUCAAGGAAGCCAGCCAGCGUUUCCGGCUGUGAGUAGCUGGGCUGGAGCGGCAAUGCAAUCAUUGGAUCAAUUCCGCUCCAUCAACAAUCACUCACAUCCCAAAAAGAGAAAAGGGGGUGAUCCGGCUCAGGUCGCUAGAGAGUCCUUGGCAACGAUCACAGCAACUGACCCUUCAUCGCAUAUGCGACCAGGCGAUGAUACUCCGCUGCAUAACACUGCGUCUGAUCAGACUAACUUGAAGCGCCGACGUGUGUCGAGAGAAUCGCUUCAGAACCCCAUCUUCAACAACAUUGACUCUCAGCCCGGCCGAGUAGGUAUGACCACAUCGCCUGUUCUGAAUAACAGCUACAACAGCAUCUCUCAAACCAUGGCUUCCAACAGCUUUGAUAACCAGCUAGCUAAUGCUAGUGCUGCUGCGAGACAAGCCUCGAAUUCACAGCAUUUGCAACAACAGCAGCCGCCGCACCAUCACCAUUCGCAGCGGUCACCAACACAACCUCAGGGUCAAACUCAGUCACUUCAAAACCAGCCGCAGCCGCAGCCGCAGCCUCAACCUCAGCAGUAUGCACCCCACAGACCUCAUCCCCAGACUGCAGGGAUGCGGCCUCCGCUACAGCUCCAGCAUAUGCCACCAGGGUCUUCAAGACCCAGAGCCCCGAGCCAGAUGUACGGAAGUAGCCCAACGAGCAUGUCUUCGCAAGGCUUCUAUAACCAGGCUAGGCAGCUGCCGGGCCAGUUAGGACAUACAGCCACCAAUAGCGGUAGCUUUGCCAGAGGCACCGGUAGCAACCAAGCCUCGCCGUUUGGGUCUUCUUCCAAUCCCAACAUGGCAAGGCAGAGCUCCAACGACGCCCGCACAGCCAGCUUAUCACAGCAAGCAUCCCUGGCAAUUUCGCGCAGCCAAUCGGGCCAUACCCCGUCAGCUCGUCACGCAUCUUCUGACUUUGCCAGCAGCCAGCAGGUCCCCGCAACUUCGGCUGCAGCGCCUUCAACAUCUGGCCUGGGCCACUUCCCGUCCUUUGCGGAACAUAGCUACCUUGACAUGGACUAUGGCUUGAAUGAGCGCGACGUGCAAGACUCUGCGGCGGCAUUUGGCGACUCCACGCCGCUUGAUGUGACCUUGGUUGAGCCUAACAUGAGAGAGAGGCUAUAUCAAGCCAUGGGUCGCCCAUAA